CGGAAGUGGCUGGGGAGAGGACUGUCUGGGCUUCUUUGCUGAGGCUGCUGCCCCCGCGACCCGGACCCGGAUAAGCGGAGGACGACGAGUACAAGUACGAGUAUGUAGGGUUAGUUGCCCAGACAAUACUACCAAAGAUGGCAAAGGCAGACCAGCGUUUCGGCCAGCGGGACGGCUCGGACCAGAACUUUGACUACAUGUUUAAGCUGCUGAUCAUUGGCAACAGCAGCGUCGGGAAAACCUCCUUCCUGUUUCGCUACGCCGACGACUCCUUCAGCAACUCCUUCGUCAGCACCGUUGGCAUCGACUUCAAGGUGAAGACGGUGUAUCGCAACGACAAGAGGAUCAAGUUGCAGAUCUGGGACACAGCGGGGCAGGAACGUUACCGCACCAUCACCACAGCCUACUACCGUGGGGCCAUGGGCUUCAUCCUCAUGUACGACAUCACCAAUGAGGAGUCCUUCAAUGCCGUCCAAGACUGGGCGACUCAGAUUAAGACGUACUCGUGGGACAACGCCCAGGUGAUCAUGGUGGGCAACAAGUGCGACAUGGACGAGGAGAGAGUCGUACCUCCAGAGAAAGGAAAACACCUCGCCGACCAGUUAGGCUUCGAGUACUACGAGGCGAGUGCCAAGGAAAACAUCAACGUGCGGCAGGUCUUCGAGCGCCUGGUGGACAUCAUCUGUGUGAAGAUGUCCGAGCGCGUGGACGUGGAGGUGCCGGCGGCCCCCGGGACCAAGACCACCAGACUGACCGACAAGCCCGCCCAGCUACCUCAGAAGUGCUGCUGAUCGUCCGUCAGUUCAUCCGUUCAUCCCUACGCUGUAACCUCAUCCCCUCCCCCCUAAAAUCUCUCAAGAAAAACAAAAAAAAAAACAGAUUAACUAUUAUAACAUUCCUCUACACACUCUCUCUGCUUCAGUCCAUGUUUGUGAGCAGUCAAUAACCACUACUGCGAUUUAUAUAGCCAGUUUCAUCCCCUUCCUGUCCCCAAGUAUCCGAGGUUGGUUCUUAUGUAGGCGGAGUAAAGGUGGCAGUGCGCUCUGGACAAAACUUAAUUUGGCGUGUUUGAAAAGGUUCCAGAUUUCAGGAGGUUAUACAGUGUAGUGCGAGGAGCCCGGCCACACCAGAAAGCGGCAAAACAGUGUUCAUCCAGCUAACACGCUAGCCAGUGAAAAAUGUCAGCACUAAUUAGUUACAAGCCGGCUAGGGUUGCAAACUGCCAGCUGGCAAGCUAGCUUGGUCGCUAACAGGACAAUAGGUUUGUGCAUUUUAUUUUAAAGAGACGUGUUUGUAUCACCGUCUCUGCAAACCACUUCACUGCUGUGGAACAGGUCAGAAAGAGGAGGAGUUACAAGAGGAUGGAGCAACACAGCUAACAAGCUAUGAUGGCUUCUUUUGUUUUGAAAUCUUUGGCUCUGUCAAGAUCACAGAAGAGAGGUACAAAAGUAUAAAGAGAACUUGAUACAGCGUUGAAGGCAAGGCCCCGUUUGUUACAGCCUAGCUCAAUUUCGAAUCUGUUUGGAUCUUCCACAUCGUUGGACCCAUAGAGUACGCGCACUGAAGACUUAUGGCAGCCGAGUGGCUAACUUCCUGUUUAGCGCUCUGCUAACUUUAAUAGGAAUAAAAUGAUUUAAUCGUGCAGCUCCUCUGGACUUUCGAAAUGUUAUCAGACUGAACGGAUGAAAUUCUGAUAGUGAAACGAGUUAUAUUGCGCACAAAAUAUUAUCCAAGUCUUUUCAAGCCCUGUGGCGUCAGCAACCUGUUCUCACCCCAACUCAUCAAGUACCGCUGCUUUGUCAGUGGUGCUGCUUGUCCAGAUAUGUCCCACUAGGUACCCUCCUGUGUCAGUUUUGGAUGUUCAGGAACAGCUUGUCAAUAUACGCACCUUACAUGCAUUGUGUCUUUUAAAAAGACACUUCCGUUUUCACAGGAAAUGUGCAGUUUCUGCUGGUUACAUGCAUACAGUGUUUUCAAAACAAAGAUAAAACACUUCGUUUUCAGGUUGAUUUCCGUAAGUUUAAGCAAAAAGGACGUGCUUAGGUUUAAAAAAAAAUGGUUUGGCUUUAAGUAAGUACGUGAUGUAUAGUGACCUAUGUCACUAGCAUAGCAUGCUACGCAUAACAACACACUAUGUUGUUAUUAAAAUAAUAAUAAUAAUGAUAAUAAUAAUUUUGGAUUUAUAUAGCGCUUUUCAGGAUACUCAAAGACGCUUUACAAAGAGCAAAUAACUUAAUUGACUUUUGGUUUCACAGGUGAAACAAACAGCUGGCUCCCAGGUGAAAGUCCAGAGUUUGUCUGACCUCCUAAAAAAAUAUCUGUAAUUACAUGGCAAUAGCAGUUAUUGUGGUUCUGGAACAUUUUUUAAACCUGGCUAGCUUGUGUCCCGAUCUCAGCUUCGUUUUAGUCACACGCCAAAUUUUGUUCUGAGUGCACUGCUGAGCUGGAAGCAGGGUCCACAGGUUAGCACAGCACUGCCUCUCCUCUCAAAGUGUAGCACAACGAGAAACUCACACCACCACAGCUGCUCAUGUUCACAAGUUUACAGUCGUUCACGCGCCAGUCAUCCGCCGAAAAACAUCAGACUAGGCUGCUUCUCAAAUAGCUAGUAAUAGUGAGUCCACUCGAAUACAAUAUGCCUAUAGCCUAACUAACUGUUACUGGCCUUACUUAGUGCUGUUUGUGGCUUGAAAGACGCUUUAGGGCUACACCACCAAUGCACAACUCCCGGGCAGGGCUGCAGCCGAAAUCAUUCGAGGAGCGGGUCGAGUCCGAGACCGACACAAGUCCAAAAAUGUGUCUGACAUCAGAGUCUGAUGCUGCUCUAAACAGAGAGUUCCUCCUGAUGUUGUACAGAGUUCAUUUAGAUUAGCAGUGUUGGUGUUGAGACAAAUCAUUUUACAGAAUGUACGACAACAACGAUAAACAAUAAUGCACUUUGCUGAACAGCACUGAUGUUAAUAGCAGCCCACCCUCCAGGCAGGAUUAGACCAAUUUUAAUGCAAAUGAACAGCACAGAAAUCUUCAGAAGCACAUUGCAUCCAUCAAAGAAAGUCAUUUCUAGUAAUUAUGACUUCUGCAUCUUUAGGACGGAUUAUCUUAUAAUUACCAGAAAAUGUUUUCGGAUUUAUUAGAGUCGUAUCUCAGAAGUACAAGAUAAAGAUCUUGUAAUUAUGAGAUAUUUUUCUCGUAGCAUCAUGAGACAGCAUCGCCCUUUUUCUUCUUUGGUGAAUGUGUAGUGUGGAAACAAACUGGCUGAUACCUAUGAAAGACGCUCUGUUUAACCCACAACUGGAGGACAACAAAUCUGUGCAAUCUUUCCCACAUUACAAAAUCUCACAUCAGGGACGUUUAUCAACGUUUAUACACAGAACAAAUUUAAGUCCGCAAAUCCACAUUUGAGCUCACAUUGACAGAUCUAAGAGCACUUCCUGUGGCCUCAUUUCCUAAUCUGCUUCCUUCAGCUGUUUGGUCAGAUUCUCCAUUUUAAAUGUGGAACAGUGUGUUUCUCAUCUCCUGUAGCAGCUGCAGAGCGCUUCAUGGUGUUUCAGCUGAUACUUUGGUGCUUAUACCUGACAGGAAGUGUCAAAAUAUCUGCCAUAGUGCAGCAGCUGGGAAUAUAUCCUAUCAUAUUUGGUUGUGUAUUGAAGGCAUGGAGGGAUUACUGAAUGGGCCCAGCAGGCGCAGGUCCAGGGGGCCCAGAAAUGACUGUAAGGCAAGACCAGUAUCACAGAUUACAAAUUUGCAUCAAGGUGCUUUACAAUGUGUCCAACAUGCGACAUUGCUGACCUUUGUCUUAAGUGUAUAAGCAGCUGAAAAUAAGAAUCGUUGUGUUUUUUCAUUACCUUAGAAUGAGCUGUUUAUUUAUAUCUACAUAGGGAGCAGGUCCUCAUCACAGAGAUCACCAUGUUACACUGCCAUGUUUCUACAGUAGCCCAGACCGGACAAACCUGCUUUAUUCUGUGUUUUUAGUGUUUUAAAUCAGCUGGUCUGUUUGUUUUGGAAAGGAAGAGACAACAUGCCACACCUCUGUCCUCAGAGGUUCAGAUAAGGAAAAACUUUUCCCUGCAAAGAGACGCAAAAAUACCACAAGGCAAUGUAUCCUCGUACAACCCCACGAAUUUGCAAGGGGUCAUCCCUUUACCCACUCCACCUCUACCCCUCUUACGUUUCGCAAAUAUUACAGGUAAAGGUCUUUGUUUGCAAUAGCAGAAGUUCAUCUAUCAUACACACAUUAAUGUGGCAAAUCAUAAUUGAGUUUGACAUGUACCCCUUCAUACUCGCCCUGUCACGUAUCAAAUAUGCAAAUAUAGGCUCUAAUCACACAGAAAGCAUUUUAGCAGCAGGAGGCGCCUUUUUGUAAUUGUCUCAAGUCAUCCUAAAAUGUGCCUGGAAACCUCCAUCAUGGAGGCGAAGCUCCUGGACCAACUGGUGGUACUCCCCAUGAUCCACCCUCUUUUUGUAGGGUCUCAUGUACCCACACAGAUCUCCAUUUAUUCAUUUAGCCUCUCGCCCUCAACCAGAGCUACAGCAAGUACCCUCUGCCUCAACAUUUUAAGAACUAGAUCCUAAUUACUGGGAAAUAACUAAAAUAAAUGAAUAAAUGGUCAAAUCAUUACACAGGAAGGUUAGGAUAAGGAGGUGAGUCUUUGGUUGCCUGGCAACAGUAAAAAGGUGCAGCAAGCAUUUUUUUUUUCCACUAGUGGCAUUUCAUUUUUAAAAAAGGCAGUGCAGCAUGCCUCACAUUUUGCAGCCUGCAAAGCGCUGUCUGUGUGAUCCACCAGGUCAGCAGCUCUCUUAAUGGCCUCUAAAGUUUUGUCUCUAUCAUUGGUUACAGAUGAAAUUGAGAAUUACAAGACUAGUACAUUAUGAAAGGAAGAUAUCCACUGACAAUGUGGGGGCAUCUAUCCUGUGAUAAGGAUUAUUUGGGCUGCAGUUAAACCAGCUUAAAGAUGCCUAUUCUGAUGAAGAUGAAGAGAAGAAUCAUCUUUCAGCAGUACAAUGUUUGGGAGACACACUAUCUGAACCCCAAUGCUAUCGGACACUAUGUCGAUCACUUUGUUCCAAAACUGUUAAAUGGAGGAACUCUCAAAAAACGUGAUGUGAAUGCCACAAGAAACACACACCACCCACCCAAACACCAAUACAGCACGUCCCCUCAUGGCAGUGGCAUCCCCAGCAGGACAAUUCACCAUGCUGCUCUUCUUCUUUGAGUUAGCCACUAACUGCUACCAGCAACUUUUUAAUUCUCCUGCAGUGGGUUGCACGCAUAACUCGUCGUCAAUGCAUCACACCCAUGCCGCCCAUGAUUCUGUCUUGCAGGCUGUCCUGUUGAUGCAGACACCAUUUCGGUGCUGUUACUACCUCCUGUGACGACUUGAAGGCUGCGAUCAUACCUUAAAUACAGAACGGCGAGGCAGCAUAAUGGCGCCAUAGGCCUGCCCUAAACAAGCAGAGUAAAAGGAGCUUAUGUUUUACUCUUAACCUGUCAGCGGUAUUGAUGUUGAGGCCGAUGUGCCAACAGUCUUUAGGUUACACAGAGAGGCUGAAAGAUUAAUUUGUUAAGUUUACAAAUCAAAGACAGAUCAAUCAAUAAUGAAAAUAGAUAUUAGUUGCAGCGAGCACUUCUAACAAGCACUUUGUUUGACACAUACUGAGGCCUGGUACACAAACCUUGCUAAAUUUAUUCACCCAUGAAAUUUGAUUUUUGUGUUUUUUUCUAAGGAUUCCCCAGAGUAAACUAAGCAGAAAAAGAGAUAAACUAAGCAGGUCCAGACCGAGAUCAGACCCCCUCCAGACUGCCAGAGACUCGACCCCAGACUGCCGCUGAGCGCUGCAGCCCUGCUUCAUGGUGGCUUACAGCUUUUGCACUGGCUGACACAAUCCAACGCCAUACUGAGGGUGUUUUAUACUCACGCACACAUGUGAGCAGAGCUGAUGAGUGAAGAGCACAUGGUUCUCUCCUUCCCCCUUUAGCAGGUGUAGUCACGUAGACGUCAUGUUCGCAGUGUUUCCUACAUGAACGUGAGUGUGUGUGCGUGUGUGAGUGUGUGUGUGUGUGUGUGUGUGAUAUUAGAGCCGACAUUGUUGCAUAUGGUUAUCAUGAUAUUUAUUGCGUGUUCAGUUGUAAAGGGUUUUUUGUGUUUGUGUACAGUAUCUUUGACGGAAGUGUGAUAUUUUGAUAAUGUCAUGUCAGCUGAGAUACAGUACAUGUGUGUGUUUACGAAAGACUUCAAGAAAAAAAGGGAAGAUGAGGAGAAAAAAAUUUGUGCAUUUAUUAUUAAAUAUUGAAGAU